GGGAGGGAAGAGGCCGCAGAAGCCCGAGCCCUGACCCACCGACAGGCGGGGGCUGCGGCGGCGCCGACCCUCCCCCAAUUUCCAUCAACUCGGAGAGGCACUUUGCGCCGCAAGAAGCACAAGAUGAGUACGCAGCCGGUGUCAGCAAUUAGUAGGCACCUCUGAAUACCUCCCCAGCAGCCCGGCGCCCCCGCCCCCAGCCCUGCCCGAGGGGACGGAGGAACAGCCCGUGCCGGGGCGACACGGGGACACCGAGCCCCCGCCAGCGCUAUACACCCUCUGCCCGCAGCGCCGGCGCCCCCCAUGCGGCAGGAGGCCGGUCGGCGGCGUCGGGGGGCGCCAUGGCCUCGGCGGCCGGGGCGGCGGGCGAAGCGGAGGAGACCACCCGGCUGCGCAAACCGCGCUUCUCCUUCGAAGAGAAUCAGAUCCUGAUCCGCGAGGUGCGCGCCCACUACCCGCAGCUCUAUGGCGCGCAGAGCCGUCGGGUGAGCGUGGCCGAGCGGCGGCGCGUGUGGGAUGGCAUCGCCGCCAAGAUCAACGGCAUCACCAGCUGGAAGCGCACCGGCCAGGAGGUGCAGAAGCGCUGGAACGACUUCAAGCGCCGCACCAAGGAGAAGCUGGCCCGCGUGCCGCACUCCACGCAGGGCGCAGGGCCCGCCGCCGAGGACGCCUUCUCCGCAGAAGAAGAGACCAUCUUCGCCAUCCUGGGGCCAGGUGUGACAGGGCCAGGGGCAGGUGCCGGGGCUGAGGAGCCCCCUUCCUCACAGCCGCCUGCCCCAACCGCCUGUGCCCAACGCUAUGUGUUGUCCGAGGACCGACGGACAGAUAAACCAGCCCUCAGCAAGAGAGACUCCAGCAGCCCAGAGCCCUGGGCCCGGCACUCCUGCAAUGCCCAGGAAGGGGGCUACCUGCGGUCCAAGGAGCGUGAGUCCCCGCCCCCUCCAGCCCUGCAGACGGUCCAGCUGCCCCGCCUGGCCUUGUCUCCACCACCCUCUGCCCCGCCACCCCCAUCGCUGGCCCAGGUGGCACCCUCAUCCCCCAGCCCCCCGCCCCUGCCUCCUCGGCCUCCGCCCAUACGCUUGGCCCCAGAGCCCUCCCUGGACUUCCUGCGGGCCCAGCAGGAGACUGCCAAUGCCAUCCGGGAGCUGGCUGGCACCCUUCGGCAGGGACUGGCCAAGCUGAGUGAGGCCCUCAGCGCCCUGCUACCCCUUCUGCCACCGCCCCCUCCCCCGCCCCCACCUCCCCCGGGGCCCAUCCUGCCCCCAACUGCCCCCAAGGUGGAGGUCAUCCCAGAGCCUGUGUCCGUGGUGGCUACUGUCGUGGAUGGGGCCGUGGUGGCAGCCAGGGGGGUGAUCAUCAGCCCUAGGAGUGAGGAAGGGGCGCCUCAGCCACCCCCAACCCCACUCCCUCCCCAUGACUCCCCCCCACACAAGAGGAGAAAAGGUUUCCCCACGCGGAAGAGGCGGGGCCGGUGGAAAUCUCCGUGAAAUGCACUAGUGUCCGCGCUCCUGCCUGCACCCCUCUCCCAGCUUGGCGCAGUCGAGGGGGGCAUGCUCCUUGCCCAUCCCAGCUGCACCCCACCCCUGCUCCAGGGGAGUGAGCACGCUCCCUGUGCUAGUUAGUGCCUGAUUCUCUGCGGAAGCAACCUGAUGGGUCUCCCCAGCCCCUUUCUCUGGUACAGUGCUGUCUGCCUGGCUGCCUCCCUGAACCCUGAAUUCUAAGCCAUGGAUUUUAUGUUGUUAAUGUCGCCCUUUGCGGGGUGGGGAGGGGACCUCUCGGGUCUGCACAUCCCCCUUCCCCUAACAAUUCCUGUUCGUGACUUGAAGAGAAUUGACCCAUGGGGGUCACCCCACCUCCCCAACGUAGACUUUGGAGGGGGUGGAGGCCACUAGACAAAUCAGAUAUGGAUGACAGAGGAUAUAGCCCAGGAAGAGAGGGGGGGAGUUCUGACUGGGGAGGUAGGGGGUGGUUCCUCGCCUCCCCUUGAUGUCUCUGACCUCUGAAGCUCAACUCCCUCCGUUCUCAGUGGUGACAAGAUAUCAAUAAACUUAUUUUUCAUACAAUUACUUGAGGAUUUGUCUGAGACAGGCCUGGGAGUCGGGCAUCUACCGCUGCCCCACCCGGUCCAUGGGCAGGCCACACCCUC